CUUCUCCUCCUCUCUUCCCUGAAAUAAUUAAUCUAAUCUGCCCAGUGAAGUGCUAGCUAGAGACGUCUAGACCGCUUACACACCAUAAAUCCUCGCUCCCGUUGUCAAGUGUCAUCGGAUUGCACCAUUAUGAGUACUGCAACAAACACACAGUCAUUGACUCAAUACAAGUACAAGUCGUGUUACUGGCGAUUGCGUGAAUCAAGGCCCGGCACUGCCUCGCGAUCGUCCGGAGGUAAACAUGGUAAAAGCAGUGCUGAUUUGGCUCAUAUAAAUGUAGAGGCAGACUUCGCAGCGCGGAAGGAAUCAAAGAAGUGAACGUUUUGGUAUUCGCGAAAAAGGUGAGCUUGCAAGUCUUUGCAGAUGUUGCUAGCGGCUGGUGCUGUUCUGUUACUUUGACUUGACUGUCCGUAGCGCCUUCCACCGCAUAACUGCACCGUGCUGCAUGCAAGUGACGUGAAAGCGUGUAAUGAGCACGUGUCAGCUAGCUGCACAGGCAUCGGUCUGAAAUUUUGAAAACAAAUUGAUCCUUUUGAAUUUAUUGCACAACCAAAGUAAAGGACGUUCCUGCAGUCUUCCUUCUGAUCUCUACAGAAGAAGGUACCCUCUCAUCUGGAGAUCGAAUUUUAUCCUCUGGAGCUGCAUAACCUGGAAGAGGCAUGGCAUUGGCGGCGUUUGCUGUUCGCGGAGGACAGCGCUGCUCGUCACUGUCGCGCAGUGUCCCUCUGUGGUCGACGGCAAGCCGUGCUAUCUCGACCAGUGCGGAAUGGCGCAAGGAAGAGGAGUCUCCCGGCUCUAGCGCGUCGAACCACGGCGGCCAGCACUUCCGUACCAACUUGCAGCACCACCCCAUGUACAGCGAACUGCCCAAGCCAGACUACGACGUGCAGAAGAAGUCACCUAACAGUGGUGCUGCUGCUGCUGAUGGUGCCGGUGGUCAGGCCGGUGGUCAGGCCGGUAUGGUUGCAGAGGAGAAGUACGAAGACUAUGUGUUACCGCACUUGAUCUGGGGCAAGAAUGAAGCGGAGAGCGUCACAAUCACCCACCAUGAGCCCGCCGACAAGACAGAAAAGCUUGCCUACUACACUGUACGGCUGCUGCGCUUCGGCUUCGACAUCCUCUCUGGCUAUCAGUUUGGAAACAUGAACGAAAUCAAGUGGCUCAGGCGAAUUAUCUUCCUUGAAACGGUUGCUGGCGUGCCUGGUAUGAUGGGGGCAAUGGCACGGCACUUGCAGUCUUUACGCCGCUUCGAAAGAGACCAUGGCUGGAUCCACACACUACUCGAGGAAGCAGAGAACGAGCGAAUGCACCUGCUGACGGCGCUGGAGAUGCGAAAGCCGGGAAAUCUCUUCCGCUUCAACGUACUUCUGCUGCAAGGUAUUUUCACAAACAUCUUUUUCGUCGCCUACCUUGUCUCGCCUCGCUUCUGUCAUCGCUUCGUUGGCUACCUGGAGGAGGAUGCUGUGAAGACGUACACUCACUGCUUGGCGGAGAUUGACAGUGGUCACUUGAAGAUGUGGUGCAAGAUGCCAGCGCCGCCGAUUGCUGUCAACUACUGGCGCCUAGGGGAGGGUGCAAUGAUGCGUGACGUGAUCCUAGCUAUCCGUGCCGAUGAAGCCCAUCAUCGACUGGUCAAUCACACCCUUGGCGGCCUCAAGCCUGACCAGAAGAACCCAUUCGGUCCAGGAGAGUGAUGGGUGGCUUUCUCGGCAAGAACAGACAUAGGAACAGACAAGUUGACGCUGUCCCGUCUCAUCACUUUCCAUAAGUUUCAUCCCAAGAACUCUCUGCAGUCUACAAGCGACUUGUUUGCCGCCGCUCCACAACCAUAUCCAUCUUAGCAUGCCUUCUACUUGCUACUGCGCCAAUGCUUUUGCCUCAUUUUGUGGAGUUGCGUUGCGUUCAGUGCACAAUAGGUUCGCUUCUGCUAGUACAAGCACUCUACAUGUUGGAGAUUGCAUAGUGCAGAUUGACCACUCUACAUAGUAUGUUGAUGUUGGCUUUACAUAGUACCCAGAAUCAUCUGAAAACCUACGACAAUACAACGUAGUGUCUCUUAACGAAUACCGGACAGGAGACCAAGUGUCCGUUACUAAUGCACAUAUCCUGAUUAUAUUAACCUUAAGCUUUAUUAUUUUGACCAUGGUCCAUCAUCGUUAAUGCACGCAGCAUAUCCGUAACUGCUCCAGUCCUGGUGUUAGGACAUUUAGCUAGGCCACCUAUCUCACCUCACGCGUAACAACAGAUUUAGCAGUUAUCGUACUUGUACUUGUAUUUGAAACCACUCUCUCCCACCUGCCUUGAAA